AUGUCGCGACACCGUAUUAAGGAUAUCGAUUACGACGAUGACGAUUUCUAUGACGAGGAUGCACCCGCUGACCCAGAGGAACAGGAGUUCUUGCAACAGUGUACAGCCGCUGUUUUGCAACAGCUCGGUGCCGGGCAACCCUCAGUGACCGCCACGAAAGGAGAAGUCCAAGACGCAUUAUGGCACUACUACAAUGAUAUUGAGAAAUCGGUCAACUAUUUGAGAGGAAAGAGAGAGAAGGAGGCUACGAAGCUGCAGAAAUCGAAGAUUCAAUCAGGAGUGCUGCUAUUCCUUGCGAAUGAAACUUGCCAGCAUACCCUGCUCCUCCUUCUACAGCACACUUUUCGGCUGCCGAUUUCUUUCGCGAUUGUCCCUGGCUCAAUACUUGCAGCUAGCGGGAGGUCGACACCAAAAGCUUCAGAGGGCCCUGGAUCUCUCCGUCAUGUCGCAACCCCAAGCUCACCGCAUUCUAUACCGAAGCAGCCCGAUUCCGAGAACAGAAGGCCAUCGGUGUCUAAGGCUUCGGAAUCAACGCAACGGGAGGUGCUUGAAGCGAAAGAGGAACCAAUUUCCCAGCAAACACUGCCUACUAUUCGAGCCUCACCCUCAACAUUUGCCAGCACUAUCGUUGGCGCAGCAACGGGCCCGACAGCAGCUGAGCCCAGCCACUUACACUCCAACAGUUCAGACCUGUUGAGGAUCUAUGGACAGGAUCAUGCUGAACCUUUUGACUUUGCAGCGCCCAGCCCCGACGAUGUCGUUCUCAAUGCACAGAACACAGCGAAAGGUAUGAAAUCGAAAUCAGCCGCAUCGAAAUCGGCAGCGGUGAAGAAAGGCCAGUCUGAUCUGGCAGGUGGCAUGAAGGAUCUUUCAGUGGAGGAUAAAGUGACAGUCAAGAGCAAGAAUCUUGAUGUUAUAUCAGAGUAUAAGAAGUCCACCCGCAAGCGGUCCGCAAACUUUGUGGUUAUUGGUCAUGUUGAUGCCGGAAAGAGCACUCUCAUGGGACGGUUGUUAGCAGAUCAAGGUGCUAUCGACCAACGGACACUAGAUAGGUAUCGGCGAGAGGCCGAGAAGAUCGGCAAGGGCUCAUUCGCGCUAGCCUGGGUCAUGGACCAAGGGUCUGAGGAGAGAGCACGAGGCGUGACAAUAGAUAUCGCCACCAACCAGUUUGAGACUGAUAAGACGGCCUUUACCAUUGUGGAUGCACCAGGUCACCGUGACUUUGUCCCGAACAUGAUCGCUGGUGCCAGUCAGGCAGACUUCGCUGUUCUGGUCAUCGAUUCCAGUGUAGGCAAUUUUGAGUCGGGGUUGAAGGGUCAGACUAAGGAACACGCUCUGUUGGUGCGCAGUAUGGGCGUUCAAAAGAUUGUGGUGGCCGUGAACAAGAUGGAUACCGUGCAAUGGGAUCAUGAACGAUUCGAGGAGAUUGAACAGCAGAUCUCCGCGUUCUUGACAACUGCGGGCUUCCAGGACAGCAACAUUUCAUUUGUGCCGUGCUCAGGGUCUCUGGGAGACAACAUUUCUCGCCGGACUGACGACCCUCAUGCAUCCUGGUACACAGGUCGCACAUUGAUCGAAGAGCUGGAAACGUCGGAGCCAUACACACACGCCCUCGAAAAGCCUUUGCGUAUGACGAUUGGUGAUGUCUUCCGAGGUGGCGUGCAAAGUCCGCUUUCCAUCUCUGGCCGUAUUGAUGCCGGUAGUUUGCAGAUGGGCGACCAUAUCCUGAUCAUGCCUAGUGGUGAAACAGCAACAGUGCGCAGUUUGGAGGUGGACAGCGAACCAAGUGACUGGGCCGUGGCAGGUCAAAACGUCGUUUUAAACAUCGCCAAUAUCGACCCUAUUCACCUCCGUUCCGGUGACGUUGUCUGCCGUCCCUCCUCUCCCAUUCCUACCAUCACUUCUUUCACCGCCAAGGUUCUGGCCUUCGAACACCUGAUGCCCAUGCAAGUGGAUGUCCACCGUGGCCGUCUACAUGUACCGGGCCGCAUCAGCAAGCUGGUCGCCUCUCUGGACAAAGCGUCAGGAGCAGCUAUCAAGAAACGCCCUAAGAUUGUGGGACCGGGUGUCGUGGCGCGUGUUGUGGUUGAAAUGGAUCAAGCUGUUCCUCUAGAAGCACCGACCAGGAUUGUCCUGCGCGCGGGAGGCUCAACAGUGGCUGCUGGUUUAUUGGAAUAA